UUACUAUUUGUUUGUUGUCUGAAAGAGUUACAAUUUAUCUUCAAAAUAUUUAUUUCUUUCUUGUGCAAUAUGGAAUUUCAAAGAAAUACCUUCGGAAAUAUUUGCAGAUUGUGUCUGAGCAGUGAGAGCAAUGAGACAUUCGUAUCACUUAUUGAAAAUAACCAAGUCAACUGUUACGGCGAGUCAGUAAAGCGAUUUGCCCAGAUUUCUAUUGAAAAAGACGAUAAUUUACCCAAAAGCAUGUGCCAGAAGUGUGUAUUUUUAUUAAAAUGUGCUAUUUACUUCAAGUUUAAGUGUGAAAAUAGUGAAAAGACAUUAUUAAAAUUGUCAAGAAGAAACGUAAACAAGACAAGGAAAGAUUCAAGUAUUUUCUCAAAUACCAAACGAUGUGCUCAAAAUAUGCAGAAUUCUCAAACCGGAAAUUUUGCCUUUUCUGCCAGUGAUGAUUUUCAGAAAAUUUCAAAUCAGCAUUUAGAAUUGCCGAAGCAAAGCUAUGACACAAAUGAAGAUUCAAAUGAAAGUUUUUUCGACAACACUUUGUCUUCAGAAUGUAAUAAGUCUAAUAUGCCUACAAAUAAUAGUGAAAUUGUAUUAAAGUUGUUAAGAAGCAGUCUUAGUGCUUCACGAAGCUCAACAUAUAAUGCCACAAAAAGAAAUCGCAAGAAUGUCAAGAAGGACAAAUACGAAUGUGAAAUUUGCAAGAAAGUCCUCGCGAAUCGUGUUACAUAUAGUCAUCACAUGGAGCAACACACUGGCUUUACGUUCAUAUGUGAACACUGUGGCAAAGGCUUCCCGAACAAAGCAAGCUUGAACUUUCAUACAAUUGUUGCCCACGGGACCGGUCCGUACUUGCCUUGCCAACACUGUUCAUUCAAGGCACCAAACAAAAUAAAAUUAACUGAACAUGAACGGGAACAUACCGGAGAGCGUCCCUUUGCAUGCGAUAAAUGCGGAUUGACAUUCCGCAGGCAAGCGAUUUGGAAAAAACACAUGAUACACCAUACCAAAAAGACAGUACAAUGUCCAAAUUGUCCACGUACAUUUUUCAUGAAACAUGAUUUGGACGCCCAUUUGAACAACGUCCACGAAAGGAGAUAUAUGUAUGCUUGCGAUAAGUGUCACGUGACUUACGCUAGAACAGUAACCGUAAGGAAACAUUUGACCGUAGUGCAUGGUAUUCCGAGAGAAAUUCAGGGAAAAAUCUUAAGAGUAAAUUGUGGGAAUCCACAAACGGCAGAACCAUAAAAUCUUCAUUAGAUUGAUUUUGAUGCAGAUUUUUAGUCUAUGUAACAUCAUUCUUAACACAAACUUUGUUAUAAAUGUAUGCUAUUUAAAUGAGACUGAUAAAAUUUCAUAUGGAUAUAGUGUUCAAAUGCUUGUCUAUGUAUUUAGUAAAUUGGAAUUAACCAAAGUUUUUCUGAUAUUUCCAUUAGAACUAAAGAUAAAAAAAAAAAUUCCCAUUAACAAAACAGAAAGAUACAAAACAUAGGAUACUACUCAUAAAUUGUAGUGUAAUGAAGAUAAUUUAGAUAUUUCCAUUGAAAAACAUUCUUCAUAAUUUAAUAUGGCUUCAUUUGUUUUGAAAUAUAGUAACUUUAUUUAUUUAAAACUUUAUGGCACAAAAAAAAAAUGCACAAAAGGCGGACUUAAUGCCGUUUGGCAUCUACCAGUCAACCAUCUGACCAAACACAAAAACUUUAAGUUGGUGGUGCGAUAAAGUGCACAUGCAUUCUGAAACAUACUACAUUACUAAAAAAUGCAUAUAAAUACAUAAAACAUAAAAUACAUUAUAAAUACAUAAACAUACAUACAUAAAAUAUCAAUAUAUGUAUGGAUGACCCAUUGUUUUAUAACAUAUUUUUACAUAUAAUGUCUUCUAUUCUGGUAUUUAUAUCUUUUUGAUGAAUGCCUAUAAACAUAUAUUAGGUUUGUUUUAGAUGGUGGACAAGCUAUCUGUCACUAUUUUAAUUUCAAUUUCAUCAUAAAGCCAUACAGCGGAAAGUGGCCUUACAGUUGUUUCAAGACUGAUGGCUUUGAAUACCCAUAAGGGUGAUUGUAUGUUUGUAUGUAAUUUAUUUAUUGAAUUAUAGUUGGAUUAUAUUCAUCAAAUAAACGUUGUUCAUUCCUAGUUUUUCCUCGUAAAUCAACAUUAAUUUGUACUAAAAUUACUCAGGAUCAUGAUGGUCCCGUUAUCACAUUUACUAAAUAGAUUACAAUGCCAAAGACCAACUAUGACUAUAGACAAUAUAAGAUUUAAUUUAUUAUUAUUCAAAUAAAGGCAAUCCAUCAUUUAGUAUUAAUAUAGAUCUUAAUUUCUGAUGUUUUUCAGCAUAGAAAUAUUUGAUAAAAUUAUAUAAAGCUAAGCUAAUAAAAUAAGGAUUCUAGUUGUACGCGAUGAGCUAGUGACCUGUCAUUAAAUCUGAAUCUCGCACAGGGAUGAAAAAUUUAGAAAGGCUACUGCCAACAGGCAAACUGAUACUUCUUGACUGAAAAGAGUCAAUGUAUUUAACCGUAAUUUUAAAUAAA